GGGGCUGCAGUCACUUUCAGGGUAAGAGACAGCCAGGUAGAAAACAACCUAAGGAUAUGGCAGUAAGGCUUGGGAUUGUGCAGAACUUGACUGCAUGUUGUAGGAUCCAACAUGUAGGGGAAGUGGCACCAUUAAGGGGCAAUGAAAGAGAAGACUGCCUAGGACAAUGGGUCCUGAGAGACUUUGAGAAUGCAGAAGGAGAAACUACAGUGACCUGGCCAAAGGUCAAACCAUGAAGCAAGAGCAGUUGAGUCCCGACACAGUGAGAAACAGAGUGCAACCGCAGGAAGGGGGCAUUGGCCUGCAUAGCUAAUCCUCAGACAUGACCAGAAGAAGGCGCUCUAGCAGUGAGUAGAGCACCCCAUGACACCCUUUCCAAAGAGUUCCUAGUGUUGCUAGGGAUGGAGUUCCUGAUUUGCUGACCAAUUACUGUGAAAGUUGUUUUUCCUAUACGAGUUCACUUUUGAGGUUGACAGUUUAAAUUUUCUAGUGGAACAUAGCUGUCAUAGGAAAUCAUGAUCACAGAGGGUGAGAUGAUCCCUGUGCAACCUGCUGUCUGUUGGCUAUGUUCUCUAUUCACAACAGGGAAACGCACGUUGAGCUGACAGCUCCAAAAGCAAGAUGGCUGCUAUCAAAAACCAAAGCCUUCAGCUGAGGGUCAUGUGAUCUAAUCUCUCUUCUUUAGGAUCUCUCUGAACACAGCAGCAAGCAGCCUAGCAGCCAGUACUGCAAGCAGACUUGCUGAAAGCUCUGAGGACUUGAAGGUUUUCUGCAAUCUGUGGAGCAUCAAGAAUACAGAUAGAUGAAAUGCAUGUUGAUUCUAUUACUUGGAUGCUCUGUCAUGUAUUACAAUUUUUAAAGAGAAUUGUGCUUGAUCUGGGGGUACACUCACAGAAGGUCACAUAGGAUUAUGGUGGUUUUUUUGGUUCAUUGAAGACUGGAGUGGUAUCUGUUUUAGGAUUUAAAAAUUAUAUUUCAUGGGAAAUAGCUGGUGCUCUGUGGAAGCCAUUGAACAUUCAUUUACUUUCCUCUGAAUGGAAUUUAAGUAUCUUCUUACUAUCAAGUGAGCAAGAACAUAUAUGCAAAAUUAAUUCAUUUUUCACAGUAAGAAAAGUGGAUAUAGUGCGUUAGGACAGUUAUAGGGACUUGGCACUGAAAAAAAGAUGCUUUUCCUCUCUUUUGUGAAAAAGCUAAGCAAAGACUGAGAACAGGGGGAAAAACAGCUGAUUUUUCUGUAAGUUUUCCCAUCCUAUUUUAAUGUACAAUAAGUUGUUUUUAUUGUGAUCUGCUGGGAGGGCGAUGUAUGGUGUGGACUGGAUUUUUCUUAUUCAUGUUUGUUGCGGUAAAACAUGCUGAGGAAACACUGUGACAUGGAGAAACAAGAAAUAUGGGAACAGUAAUAGCAGGGCAGAGUCAUGUUUUCCCCCCUUCUUUCCUUUCCUGAGUAUAAUGAUUCAUGAGGUAGAGACAUGACAAGUCAAGCCUGCUUUCUGGGACACAAAUUCUGUGAAGACUUUGCUGGGUACAAUCAACUUGGCUUUAUUCACAAAAGCAGUUCUUUUGCCUGUAUGCUCUGUUCAGUGGAAAGCAUUGGUUCAAUCAUGUGUGAUUAUUAGGUAGGGAGAAGGAAGAAAGAACACUCACCAUGGGGUACAAUGGAAGCUGGAUUUCAAGGAAUGAAAGUGACCAUGUCCUCUAUCAGGAUGUCACCAGAGCUUUAGAAAUUAAGAAUGUAUCUAAUACACAAAUUGUGUGGAACAAUAGAAGCUACAAUGGGAUCGGACCCUUGGAAAAUGGGGAGUACAGUGAGGAGCAAACCUACAGACAUUUCACUACCACUGUGCAAAUUGUCAUCUUUAUAGGCUCUCUGUUGGGAAACUUCAUGGUGCUGUGGUCGACCUGCAGAACAUCAGUAUUUAAAUCAGUAACAAACUGCUUCAUUAAGAACUUGGCCUGCUCUGGGAUCUGUGCCAGUCUAGUCUGUGUGCCUUUUGAUAUUGUCCUUAGUGCCAGUCCACACUGCUGUUGGUGGAUCUACACCAUGCUCUUCUGUAAAAUUGUCAAGUUCUUGCAUAAAGUCUUCUGCUCAGUGACCAUCCUUAGUUUUCCUGCCAUUGCUUUGGACAGGUACUACUCAGUUUUAUACCCAUUGGAAAGAAAGAUAUCUGAUGCGAAGUCUCGAGACCUGGUUAUCUACAUCUGGGCCCAUGCCGUGGUGGCCAGCAUUCCUGUAUUUGCUGUGACCAAUGUUUCUGAUAUUUAUGCCAUGUCCACCUGCACAGGAUCCUGGAGCUACUCCCUAGGACACUUGGUGUAUGUCAUUAUUUAUAACAUCACCACUGUUAUUGUACCAGUGGCUGUGGUGUUUUUUUUUAUGAUUCUUAUCCGCAGAGCACUGAGUGCCAGCCAAAAGAAAAAAGUCAUCAUAGCUGCCUUAAGAACCCCUCAGAACACUAUUUCUAUUCCCUAUGCCUCCCAGAGAGAAGCUGAGCUUCAUGCCAUGCUGCUCUCCAUGGUUAUGAUCUUUAUUUUCUGCAGCGUUCCCUACGUGACUCUGGUGAUUUACCGCACCAUACUCAACAUACCAGAUAUUUCAGUCUUCUUGUUCCUCACUGCCAUCUGGUUGCCUAAAGUCUCCCUGCUAGCCAAUCCUUUGCUCUUUUUGACUGUAAACAAAUCUGUACGGAAGUGCUUAGUGGGGACAAUAGUGCAGCUACACCGGAGGUAUAGUAGGAGGAACAUUAUCAGCUCUGGGAGUGUUGCAGAUACCAACUUGGAGCCCAAUGUCCGCUCUGGUAGCCAGCUUCUGGAGAUGUUUCACAUUGGGCAGCAGCAAAUCUUCAAGCCAACAGAGGAUGAUGAGGAGAAUGAAACAAAAUCCAUUGGUUCUGGUGACUUUCAGCAGAAGGAAAUCCCUACCACCAGUUUAGAGGUAGAACAGACGUUAGUUCAGAAAUGUCUACAACACACCAUUGCUGACUCAGCUGCUCAGGUGGCCCCUGCCAUGCCAACAGAAGCAGAUCUGGUUAAUGACAAAUAUUCAAUGCAGUUUGGCUUUGGGCCUUUUGAGUUGCCUCCACAGUGGCUUUCAGAAAAUCGAAAUAGUAAGAAGCGACUGCUGCCUCCCUUGGGGAAUACCCCUGAAGAGCUCAUCCAGACAAAGCAGCCCAAGUGUAAAGCAGAAAGAAAAAUCAGCAGGAACAAUAAAGUCAGUAUCUUUCCCAAGGUGGAUUCCUAGUAGGAGCAGGAGCUCUGAAUAACAAAGGAAGGCCACUUUCUACUGUCCAUGUGAUCCCAUGGAUCAUUGUUAUGUUGAAAUUUGUUACAGGCUGAUUUUUGUGCCAAAUACAUAAAAACAAAAGGGAAACAUAUAACAGAAGUGUUCCUUAUGAAUGUAUUUUCAUUAAAUAGCUACUGAUGUCAUUCCUGCUUUAUUUGUACAGUAGUACAGGUCUGAUUCACUUCCAAAGGGUGUGUAUGGCUUUGUGUACAUUUCCUGUGAAACUUUCAUGGUGUGGUCUGGCAGCUGGUUUACUGGGCACUCCAGUGUUUAGUAAAAUGAAAACAUAACUAUUCUGUGUUGCAGCAGCAAGCCAAUAGGCAGGACUUCAGGGAGCACAAAAUAGCUAGGCCAUGCCCAUUCUACACUAAAAUGGACACAGCAAGUUUCUGAGAGUUUCAUUCAUGAAAUAUAAAAAGAUGCCCUUUCUCUUUAGCUGACCUCUUACAGCAAAGUAAAAAAAAAUUGCCAUGUCAGGAACAGCCCAUAGGUUUCUUAUACAUGUUGCUCUUCUCUUCCUUUUGUAGCCCAGUUAUUUUCUCAGUUAAAAUAUGCUCACUUUUGGCCUAAAAAAGAUCAACUAGCAUGAGGAAGCCCAAUUGCUGGUGUCGGAGGCCCCCCCAAAUUGUUUAAAAAUUAACAGAAAAAAACUUCUAAAAUAGCCAUUUCCUCCCUUUAAAAACAAAUGCAUUCCUGUAGUUUAAUGAAAAGUAGACUGUAGACCAUGUGAUACAGUUUCUUCCCAAAGAAGCAUGCAUAGAUGUGCUGAGGGCAUGAGCCAUUGGCAGUUAGAUCCCCUGGUGAUGUGCAUGGUGCAUAUGCCUACUGGGUGCAUGAUUUCAGCAUGCUGUAAAUAGCAAAAGAGUCCUGGGUAAAUAUGUGCCUGCAGAGUGGUCUGCUUGUGCCCUCUUCUUUUGACUGUUUUGUGAAAACACAAGGCAUUGCCUUUAUUUGCCUGCAUUUCCCAAGGUGCAGAAAUGGUAAUACCUUACAAAAAAGUGAUGUUGCAGCAAGCUGAUGGUUAGCCUCCGAAUGGAAUAAAUGUAAGUGCCAUUCUUUACCUUUGGCGGGUGUAGGGAGACAGCACAACCUCUAAAUUUCCUUUUAGUGGUGGGCAUAAACCCCAAAUAUGCUAAUUGUAAUUUACACCACUCAUUUCAUACUAGAUCAUCCAAUGUAUGACUUUCACAGCAGAUUUCUACACCUGGUGCCUAAAUCCUUUGUGAAUCAGAACCAAACUGUCCAUUCUAUCAACAAGCUAGUCUAUCUAGGAGUGCUCAGGCAUUGUACUGUAGCUCACCUUCCUCCUUGAUUACAGAUGUAUUGUUUUGCGUAUCUUGAAUGUGAAUUUUAAACUGUGACAGUCUGUAAGACAACCUUAAAACUACUGUACCCCUGGAACUUUAAUCCUUGUUCUGUUGCAAGCAGCCCUUCCUUUCUUCCAUCUCUGCAUUUGCUAUUGUCUCACACUGUAGAUUAUCAAAAGCACAGAGUGAUGAUACCCUAGUACUCUUUGUGCACACUUGUUCUCCGUCUGUAGUUUAGAUCUUUGGUGCAUGCCAAGCCCUCACCUGUAGCCUGCUGUCUGUUUAGUAAGUAGUUUUCUUUAAAAUGUAUUGUCUAGUUUAAAAUAACUUGCCAAAUCUGACAGCCCAGUGUUAAAAGAAAGAAAAAAUUCUGCCUAGGUAAAGUUUGAAGAAUAACUGUUCUUUCUUAGACACAUCUGAAGCAGGACAGUGAUUUCAGAAGGAGCUAAGGGUGAUUCAUGUCUACAAAAGCAGCAAAGAAUCCUGUGGCACCUUAUAGACUAACAGACGUUUUGCAGCAUGAGCUUUCGUGGGUGAAUACCCACUUCUUCAGAUGCAAGAGAUACUUGACAUCAUGUCUACAAGUCACUCAAAGCAAACAUUUUAACAAAAAUGUGAAGAGUAGUUUUUAAACUCCAUUGUAAACCAUGUUUCUCAUCCUCUCCUUUUAGAUUUGUUACUAUGCUAGUUUAGGGGUUCUCAGUCUGGGUCCCACAACCCCUGACGGGUCACAAACAGGUCACAACCACCCUGCUCUUCCCAUUUAGCUAUAUGGGAAUGGGGUCUGGCGAGUGGAAGGUCCCAGGAUGGAAAAUGUUGAGAAUCACCGUUGGUAGUUAUAUUUUGUAAAUGUUGAUAAAAUGUUACAAUGGAAUGUGUGUUUGUUUUUUCAGAGUUACUAGAUCAGCAGCCUUUAUUAACAACACAUCUAAAAAAGAAAGCUGUCAGCUGCUGCAUCUUCCUUAUAUGCUUUUGAUUAAAUUAAACAUUUGUGGUCCCCUUCCUAGUAGGCAUGAGCCAAAGCCAGCAGUCUUCAUCUGAACCUUUCCCCUUUCUCCAAACUUGGGACUUCAGAUAAAAUGGAACCCAGCUCUGAACCUCCCUUGAAAAAACAAAGCCACCCUUGGUUUUGCCCAUUCCUACUUUCACGUUCAAUAUAACAAUGAUAAACAUGGAGUCAAAUUCAAUAGACUUACACCGGACAUGAAUUUGGCCUUUUUAAUCCUGGAUUGUUUUGGAGGGUGACCAGGUUUGGUUGUUUUUCAUUAUGAAGACAAACAUAUAUGUUUCCAUUCACACUGAAUGUAUUUAGAAGCUGGCUUGUACUUUUUUCAAACUGCCACUUGGGACACUGCAUUGUUUCAGGAAACAAAUUUGAUUAGGAUGCAUUUUUUACACUUUAAGAAUUGCUUUGGAAUAUAAAUGAUAGCUGGAAACAUUUUAUUUUAGUCAUUUUUGCAGCAGAGUUUAUCCAUUUGAACUUCUGUGAGAAUCAGAGAAAUGUAUGAAAGCAGAUCUUUUGUAUUCAGAGAAGGAAUGAGCCCCUGGAUAGCACAUAAUAUGGAUGCUUUAGUCAGACUAUAAGCAACCAACACUCUGAUAGAACUAUAGUCAAAGAACAAUAAAUAAUUCAGGUGAGUGAUAAUGAGCUAGGGAGUAUUUCACUUUUAGGGUGCUGGAUAGCAGGAUAGAUCACCAGGAACAGUCCAUUAUCAUAAUAGGGCUUGUCACUACAUUCUUUCAUCAGGGUGCCUCCUAAAUGUUGGAGCAGGCCCAUGCAUUUACCUAAGCCUCUGCUCUGCACUGUCUAGGUUUUACACCACACUAUUCCAGUCACGAGAGUCUCAGAUCUCUAGCAGAGCCACAGAUAGUCCACCUCUUCUAGGGUUGUCAACAAACACAAACACAUACCUGUGAUAGUUCUUGGGGUACCCAGGGCUGUGAGUCACCUUGUUAUGCCCCUGCCUCCAGCAUGAGAGAGACUUGCUUAUACUUACCCGGGUGUCAGCUCCCUGACAUCACCAGCCUGUUAGCCACCCAAGCACUCUCCUCUGGGCUGUAGUGUCCAGCCCCUUAUCCACUAAACACUCACAGAAUACCAGGUCUACUGUCCCCAAAGGGUCAGUAUACACACCAAUUUGUAUGAUUCAACUCAGGAUGACCAUCUUGCUUAAUACUCCAGCACUCAGAUUACUCCUGGGGAAUUCUGCACCACUGUGCGCAUGCAGAAUUCAUGUCCCCUGUAGAUUUCUUUGCUUCCCCGCAGAAAAAUAACUUCCUAUUCCUUUUAAGCUCUUCCCUCCAAGUCUGACAUCUUUCACAAGUAUAGCAGGGUAGGGCCAUCUGAGUCUACAAUAGCUCAUUAACCUUGUGUCACCCUGUGUGGGGUUUGUAUACCUAUUACAGGCUAUUUGUUGGCUUCUGACUUCCAGCUGUGCAAUAUGCUCUCUGAUAACCUGCUAUGAGGAAAGAGCUAACUAUCAGGAGUUCUACCUUCUCCUGAUCAUCAAAUCAAAUGGGAGGGGGGACCCAAACACCUAUCCCCAUACUGACCAUUGGGGAAAGUAAAGGAAAUUGAAUGAUGGAAAAAGAAGGAAGAAAAGACUGGGGUAAUUUGGGGAGGCAAAGAGACUGAAAGAUAAUCUUAUCCCUUUAAGAAUAACAUUAUAACUCCACAGAAGAAAGAAUACAGAAAAAUCACUCAUAACUCAUAAUGUACGGAAGAAUAAAUCUUUUACAAGGAAAAGUACAGAUUUGAAAACAAUGUCAAUUUCCUGUACCCAAAUACCCCCUGAAAAUAAUGUAAUAUUUAAAUAACAUAUGGGUUUAAAACAAAGCAAUUACUCAGUAUUGUAGUGCUGUAUUGGUUGGCUCCUCUGGCAACAAUGGAUUUUGAUUGCCUAGCAGGAUACACUUGCAUAGAAAGCCAGGAGUCUUUUAGCACAUUAGAACAUUUGGUUGUUCUGAAGUUGUAGUAAUUUAAUGUAUGCACUUGAUUUUUAAUAUAUAUUUAUACACAUGUAUACCUGUAUGUAUAUUUUGCAGAUAAAAAGCUGUCAGGUUUGCUCUACUCUGAUAUUUGUCCCCUUUUAUAAUCCUUUUCUCUUGUCUAUACUAGAGGUCUGCUUGCAAGUACUUUAAUAAUCAGUUUCCAAGGGGUUGUUGUAUCCUUGUUUUGUAUCUGGAAUACACCACUAGAUUUGAACUCCCAGUUUCAUUAAUCUUGUGAUGUUUGGGGCUAUCACACCGAACCCUAAAACAUCAGACAAAAAAUGUUGUUACUUUUUAAGUUGCUAGCUUAACAUUUAAAGUUGAAGCGUAUGUAUAUCAAGCAACUCUGCAGUUUAAAGACAAAACAACUAAGCAACAAAAUGUAAUGGAAAUGAAAGGUUGAGGGAAAGCUGACAAUGUAUUCAAAUAUUCACAGUUUACACAGCAUCUAGAAUAAAUGCAUCUGCACUCUUGUUUCCUGUCUUCCUCUUGCUUCACCUGCCCCGCAGAGCUUUAGAAUUCUGUAAGAUGCCCAGCUCCCUGUCUUGCUCUGUCCUGAAGAACUUGCUGUGUCCUGAAGAAGCUUCUCACAGCUCCUGUCUCCUCUCCUUCCAGGGCAUGGCUCUUUGCAAAGUCUAUAUGCUCUUUUGCAAGCUUUGUAAGUGGAUUAUAAAAGGCUUUUUAAAAUAGCCUCUUUCUCUCUACUGGUAUCUUUAGGUAUGUAUGGUUUAAAGUGUUACAAUCAAGCUUUCAUUUUUUUAAAGCUAAAGAGCACUC